AUGGAUGAUUACCUCUAUAACACGGGGGGAGUGAGUUCAAAGGCUCCUAUUUCAUUGCCUCCAAAGUUCAAAAUUUCCAAUGCAGAAAAGUUUGAUAGGAUUGGAGAUCUGAAGCAACACAUAAUAAGAUAUCUAAGCAUUGUUGAAAUAAAGGGGCUAGAUGAGAAGCAAACUUUGCAUGCAUUUCCCCUUUCACUCAUGGGAGGUGCAUCAAGGUUGUAUUAUAGCCUUGAUCCAAGAAAAACUAAGGUGUGGAAUGAACUGGUGGAGUUGUUUGUGGACCAAUUCAUCUUCAAUACCAUGAUUGAUGUGACUCUAAGGGAUUUGGAGACUACCAAACAAGGUGUGGAGGAGACAUUUUCCGAAUACAUGACUAGGUGGAAGACCAAGGCGUCUAGAAUGGUCAAUAGGCCAAAUGAGAAUGACCAAAUCAACAUGAUUAUCAAGAACUUGCUUCUGGCUUAUAAUAGUAGGUUUUUGUCAUUACCUAUUAGUUCAUUUGGAGAACUAUGUGAUUGUGGGACAAGAAUUGAAGAUGCUAUCAACAAUGGGCAAUUGGAGAAAGGUGAAAGUAAGCCUCUAACCAAGAAAACAUAUGGAGGGGGAACCACCACUAAAGCACCUAAUCCGGUAAAUGUGAGUGCCAUCAUACCCCAGCAAACACUAGCCUACCCAAAGAGAGCUUGCUAA